AUGGAAACCACCAUGUUGCACCCACACUCGGUGGCUCAAGCCUUCCUCAAGAACCGCGACUCCAAGUCGGACGCCCGCAAGUCCGCAUACCUGUACCAGCAGAUGCCCGCUACGCCUGCCUACUCCCGCCCCGGCUCAUCUGGCUCGCAGCCCCCCACGCUCUACAGCAAUGGCGCGCCUAAGUCGGCCUUGAUGCUCGAUACCGACAUCUAUGACAGCCACUUCCCCUCGACGCCGCCUCUGUCCACUUCUGGAAGCGCCAUUGGCAGCCCCAGGAUCUGCGACGCCAUGCAAACUCCAAUCAAUCCCAUGUUUUCCGGUCUUGACGGAUCCUUCCCCACCAAGGAGCUAUUCGAUUCUGUCGAGACGUCAGUCCUGGACUGGUCUAGCUGUGCUUCUCCUCCCAUGACACCUGUCUACAUCGCUUCGCAACAGCCUCCCGUACUGCAGCAAUGUACCAGCGACAUCAUGUCUAUGACAUCAUGCCCUUCGCUUUCGCCAUCGCCUACGCCUGCAUACGCUCGUUCCAUCGCCUCUGAGCAAGAUGUCGAUUUCUGUGACCCUCGCAACCUCACUGUGUCGGCUGGCUGCAACCCUACCAUCUCUCCCGAAUUCAGUCUUUCCAGCAUGAACGAUGGUGACUCCACGAAUGCCACGUCACAGUCGAGUUUCGACUUCGACCCUGCUAUUCAUGGUCUGCCUGUUUUUCAAGCUCUGGGUGAUCUUGACUGCGACGAUGAUGAAUAUGCCAGUCUCGUCAAUGUUGAAUCCGGAAGCACUCUGGAAACUCGCCCCCGUGCCUGCACUGCCUCUUCGGUCGUGUCUCUCGGGCAUUGCGACUUCGACGACGAGUUGGACGAGGGCGGCUUCUCCUUGCUGCCGUUCCCUGGCACCGACGCCGACUUCCCGCCUGAAGACGAGCAUCGCGACAAAAAGCAGAAGACAUCGCAAAAGGAGAAUGCGGAAGUUGCUGCCGAGCCGGACGACAUUGAAGGUUCCAGCACUGCCUCUGAAUCGAUCCCUUCCUCGCCUGCCGAGGAGGGCAGUGUUGCUGUUGCGACUGCCCCCAGUCGUCGCGGCCGCAAGCAGUCCCUCACAGAAGACCCUUCAAAGACGUUUGUCUGUGACCUCUGCAAUCGCCGCUUCCGUCGUCAAGAACACCUUAAGCGCCACUACCGCUCCCUCCACACCCAAGAGAAGCCUUUCGCGUGCAACAACUGCGGAAAGAAAUUCUCGCGGAGCGACAACCUGGCGCAGCAUGCCCGCACACACUCCGGCGGCAGCGUGCCUUUGGAGCUCAAUGAGGACCAUCUCUCGCACUUUGACGGCAGUGCCAUCCAACUCCCUCCGGGAGACAACUACUCAUACCCCGAGGCCAUGUUCACGAUGGGCGCCGAGGUCACUGACAUGUCGCAAGACGCCUCUGACAAGAAGAAGCGCAAGCGCUCCGACUAG